AUGAGUGAUUCAUCGACUCCUGCCAUAAAGAAAAGAAGAAUCAAACAAGCUUGUGACUUCUGUCGAUCCAAGAAAGCAAAAUGUGAUGGUCAAACUCCUGCUUGUUCUACUUGUGUGAGCAAUCACGAGACUUGUACAUAUACUCAAUCAUCAAAGAGACGUGGCUUACCCACUGGUUAUACUCAUGAUCUUGAAAAGAAAGUAAUACUAUUCCAAGGGUUAAUCACUAGUCUUAUCACUGAUUUACCUGAAGUUGGGAAAGUGAUUGAAACAAAAUUAAUUAAUACCUUGACAGAAUCAAUGGAAUCAGUGAAAUUUAUAGAAAAUAUCAAUAAUUUACAAGUGUUAUGGGAUAGUCAUACUAUAUCAUCCCUAUUGGAUCAAUUCAUUAUUGAAAAUAAUUCAGUCGUUCAUGAUGCAAAACGUUCAACUUCAGGAUUAAUGUCAUUAUCAAAUAUGCAACAACUGAUAUCACAAGUUCUGGAAACUGGUACGAUUGAAGUACAACAACCUUUGACAAGAAUGGUUCAUAAUCUGCAUUUAUUCCCUGGUUCAAAUGGUGAAAGAGUGGAAGAUUAUAAUUUAAUCAAUGAUCCUGCAUUCUUCUUAAAUGAUGACAUAUUCCAAUUCAUAUCGGAUGAAUUAGAAGGUAAUUCGGAAAAUUGGGAACCUGUCGCUUUACAAUAUCAUGGUUUAUCAUCUAUAAUAUCAGGUUUCACUACAAAAGCAAUCCUGCAAUAUAAUAAUCGAUUAUUAAUUGAUCAAAAGAAUCCAUUCCGAGUAGGGUCUAUAUUUAAUGUAUCAUCAUCAGCUAUAAAUGCAUCAAUUUCAAAUACCAUCAAAUUACCAAUGGAGAUUUUUCAAUUUCCCGAAAGUUUAAGAAGUAUAGUGGAUUGUUAUUUUCAAAUUUAUCAUCCUUGGUUGCCUAUGUUAGAUAGAAUUUCAAUUAUACGACAAAUUCAUCAUCUUCAAUCAUUUCAUGGUACGGCUGAUAAAUCAAAAUUACAAGCUUCAGAUUGUAAUUUAAUUGCCUUGGUGUGGGCUAUCUUAGCCUUAGGAAAAUUAAGUUCAUCAAGUUCAGCUUCAAAUACUAUAAAUAAUAAUAAAUUAACUGCAUCAUAUGCUAAGAAUGCUAUAAUGGCAUUAGAAAAUUCAUUCACUACAACCAUAGAAACUAUCCAAGCCAUGGUUUUAUUAGGAUUAUAUUAUUAUCAACUUGGACAAUGGGAUUAUUCAUGGGUUUUGAUUUCAUCAGGUUCACGUAUGGCCAUUGAUGUUAGAUUAAUGACACCAGCUUCUGAAACUGGUGAUUCUAAAAAGAGUAGUAAACCUACUUCAACUCUAGAUAAAAUUAAUCGGGAAAGAACUUGGGCAUCGGUUUAUAUCAUUAAUACUAUGUUAGCAUCAAGAAUGGGAAGAUCUCCGGUGGUUAGAUCGAUGGAUUGGCCUGUACCUCAAAUAAAUAGUGAUGGUUGGGAAGAAUGGGAAUCUUGGAAAUGUUAUCAUUCACCAGAAAGUAUUCAUUUGGAUAGUGGAAGAUUCCUCCUGACAUUUAAUGAAGCCAUUAAAGUGGUUUCUUUUUUAAAUACUGCUUUAACUUGUACCAUAGAUACUAGUAAGGGGAUGCUUGCUGAAGAUAGUGAAAUUAAAGAAGAAGAACAUUGUGACGAAGAACUUCGUGAAGAUAGUAAACGCACAUUAUCAUAUUUCAAACAUAAAUUGGAUUCAUGGGCAUCGGAUCUUCCAUCAUAUUGUCAACUUGAUAAAUAUGAAAAUCCAAGUUCUGUUCCUCCCACAGUGGCAUUUUUACAUCUUAUUCGAGAUUUAACGUGGUGUGUUUUGGCAGCUAGAUUAAGUGGAUUGAAAAGUUCUUCGGAGGGUGAUACAGUUAAAGAUCGUAUUAUACGCUCACGUAAUAGACAAUAUACUAAAGCUAUUUUAUCAAUUAAAAAGCUCAUCAAUGUUAAUUCAUUAAAGAAUUUAAAAUAUUAUCCUUUUAUUGAUUAUUGUAUACUCAUGGCAUUCAAUUUCCCUAAUAUGAUGAUGUUUGAAGGUGAAAAUCCUAAUGAUAUUAAGAGUAGUCAUUGUGAAGAUUUUAGAAGCUUUUUAGUCAAUGCUGCUUUAACUUCAGUUCCAUGUAGAAUAUCAUGGGAAAUCUAUAAAGUUAUGCAUAAUAUUGUGGAUGAUUUAUUAACCACUAUGACUAAUGAAGCUAUCAAGAGAAAAGAUCCUGAGAAUGGUAAACUGGGAUCAUUCCGAUAUCUUAUGAAUGUUAGCAGUAGUAAUAAUGAUGCAACAUCUCCAUUUUCAGGCAUGUUCCCUCAUAUUAAGCAAUCACCAAGUUCAAAUCAUACCCUUGUUAAUUUAUUAAAUACUCCUUCCACAGUUGAGAACAAAGAUACUGUGAGCAGUGAUACAUCUAAAUUAUCAGAUUUACAAACCUCUAAAGGUUGGGGCGAAGGGAAUGGAUCUUCAACAAGUCAUGAUUUCGGACCAUUAUUUGGGAGUUAUACAGGUUUAAAUACUUUGGAUGAUUCAACUAGUGCAGCUGGAUCUUCAACUAAACUUGUGACGACGGCAAAUCAAAAUCAAAAUCCACCACGGGAAGAAUUAGAUCUUUUCAUGUUAGAUACUGAUUUUGCUAGAAAUGAUAGUAGAUUAGAUAAAUUCAUGAAGAAUUUAGGAUAUAUUCAUAAUGACGCUCAAGAUAAGAAUAAAAUUGGGGAUAAGAAUAAGGAGGUAAAUCUAAUACAUCAAGAGUUUUAG